AGUGGCCGAGAAGGAACGAGGUAUGCCAGUGCCUGAGGUGGCGUCUGACACUGCCAGCGCUGCCACCAUGUUGAGCCCCGUCCUCAACGCCUCCAAUGGAGACGGCUCCGAGUCUGAAACCACCUCCGCCAUCCUCGCCUCUGUCAAGGAACAGGAGUUGCAGUUUGAACGUCUGACCAGGGAGCUGGAAGCCGAACGACAGAUUGUUGCCAGUCAGUUGGAGAGAUGCAAGCUUGGCUCUGAGACUGGAAGCAUGACUAGCAUCAGUUCAACCGAUGAGAAAUUUCGCUGGAACAACCAAGAUGGACAGAAGGACAUAGAGGAGGAGCUGACAACAGGCCUGGAACUGGUGGACUCUUGCAUCCGAUCGCUCCAGGAAUCCGGCAUCUUGGACUCGCAGGACACUUCUACAGGAGACAGACAAGGACUUCUGUCCCAAAGUGCUUUGCAGCUCAACAACCAGGAUGCUUAUGCAGCAGCUGGUUAUCAUAGUAACCAAGGACUGGCACUUGGGGAAUCGAUCACAGGCCGCAGCGGGCAGGUUGGAGGGGCUGUUCACAUCUACAACCAGGUGACAUCCAGCCGUGCAGCUGCCCACUUGGUGGGAACAGACUCUCCCUCCCAGUCCCAGAGAGACUCAUUUGCCCAGCAGGCCCAUGGCAGCGCCUUCCACAUGCCCACUGAGGGUGGAUCCGCACCUGCUGGACCACCCAUGUAUUACUCCUGUGCCACUUUGCCUGCACAGCGUGUGAGCUCCCCUCUGCAGGCGGUGGGAUCUCCUACCAAGCUGCAGCGCCUGGGAUCAGCCUCCUCUGACAUGCCCAGCUAUGCCACACUACAGAGGGUGUCCUCGCCCAAACAGUCACCCAGCCGACUCGCCAAGUCUUACAGCACCUCAUCGCCCAUCAACAUGGCCGCUGGCUCGUCCUCCCCCCUCUCCAUGGCAGCCUCCCCAGGGGGCAACCACACCUCAUCGCCCAUCCACCAGCUGAGCUCAGUGGUGGGCAGCUACGCCACCCUGUCGCCCACCAAGCGGAUGCUGCAUCACAUCGGAGCAGACAGCUACAAGAUUUCCCACGAGCUGUACGCCAACGCAACCCUGCAAAGGCCUGGUAGCCUGGCAGGAUCCAGAGGUUCCUAUAGCAGCCAGCACAGUCACCUGGGCUCUGAGCUACGACCUCUGCAGUCUCCUGAACACCACAUCGACCCCAUCUACGAAGACAGAGUCUACACCAAACCCAACCUUAGAGGACAAGCCCCGCCUUCCCCCGGUGUCGACCCAAUCCCCUUGCAGCGAACAGGAAGCCAAAGCGCCACGGCCACCUUUCAAAGAGGCAGCUUUGCCGCAGGAGGCGGGGCAGCUGACUACGCCAACCCGUACCGCACUCUGCAGUUCUGCCCAUCCACCGAGUCGCCUUACAGCAAGUCGGGCCCUGCCCUCCCCCCUGAGGCUGCCCUAGGCCGGUCUCCAUCAGUGGACAGCAUCCAGAAGGACCCAAGGUACGACCCCGAAUUCCUUGUGUGGAAUCAAAAUCAAGCCGAGCAAAGAAUGACAAAGGAGUUUGGCUGGAGGGAUCCAGAACUGCCUGAGGUGAUCCAGAUGUUGCAGCAUCAGUUCCCAUCAGUCCAGUCCAACGCUGCUGCCUACCUCCAGCACCUCUGCUUUGGAGACAACAAGAUCAAAUCUGAGAUCCGGCGGCAGGGCGGUAUCCAGCUGCUCGUGGACUUGUUGGACCACCGGAUGACCGACGUGCACCGCAGCGCCUGCGGGGCCCUGAGGAACCUGGUGUACGGCAAAGCCAACGACGACAACAAGAUCGCCCUGAAGAACUGCGGAGGCAUACCGGCUCUGGUCCGACUGCUCCGAAAGACCACAGAUGUGGAGAUCCGAGAGCUGCUCACAGGUGUUUUGUGGAACCUGUCGUCAUGUGACGCCCUGAAGAUGCCCAUCAUCCAGGAUGCCCUGGCCGUGCUGACCAACGCUGUGAUCAUCCCCCACUCGGGCUGGGACACCUCCCCCCACACACAGGAAGACCGCAAGCUGCACCUACACUCCUCCCAGGUCCUCCGCAACGCCACAGGCUGCCUCCGGAAUGUGAGUUCUGCAGGCGAGGAGGCCCGGAGGAGGAUGAGGGAGUGCGAGGGCCUGACAGACGCUCUGCUCUACGUCAUCCAGACUGCUCUAGGGAGCAGUGAGAUUGACAGCAAGACCGUAGAGAACUGUGUGUGCAUCCUGAGGAACUUGUCGUACCGUCUGGCAGCGGAGACGUCUCAGAGCCAGCAGGGAGGGUCAGAGGAGUUGGACGGUCUUUUAUGUGACACCGGCGGGAAGGACGCAGAGAGCUCCGGAUGCUGGGGCAAGAAGAAGAAGAAAAAGAAGGGACAUGACCAGUGGGAUGGCGUCGGCCCAUUUCCAGACUUGGCGGAGCCCCCGAAAGGCAUCCAGAUGUUAUGGCACCCCACCAUCGUCAAGCCCUACCUAACACUGCUGUCUGAGUGCUCCAACCCAGACACCCUGGAGGGAGCAGCUGGGGCUCUGCAGAACCUAGCUGCUGGCAGCUGGAAGUGGUCGGUGUAUAUCCGGGCCGCAGUGCGUAAAGAGAAGGGCCUCCCUAUCCUUGUGGAGUUGCUGAGGAUAGACAAUGACCGGGUGGUUUGUGCCGUGGCCACUGCGCUGAGAAACAUGGCUCUGGAUAUCAGGAACAAGGAGCUCAUUGGUAAAUACGCCAUGAGGGACCUGGUGCAUCGUUUGCCCGGAGGCAGCAACAACAACAACACCACUAGCGGUGGGGGAGGAGGAGUCGGCAACACCAGCAGCCUGGUGGGGAAGACCAUGUCGGACGACACCAUCACGGCUAUCUGCUGCGCACUGCAUGAGGUCAUCACCAAGAACAUGGAGAACACCAAGGCCCUGAGGGAUGCUGGCGGCAUAGAGAAGCUCAUCGGCGUCGCCCGCAGCAAAGGAGACAAACAUAGUCCUAAAGUGGUGAAAGCAGCAUCUCAAGUCCUGAACAGCAUGUGGCAAUACAGAGACCUCCGCAGCCUCUACAAAAAGGAUGGCUAUUCCCAGUACCAUUUUGUCGGCUCUUCCUCCACAAUAGAGAGAGACAGACAGCGACCUUAUUCUUCCUCUCGUACUCCGUCCAUCUCUCCCGUACGGACCUCACCCAACAAUCGAUCAGCAAGCGCCCCUGCUUCCCCCAGGGAGAUGAUGGCUUUGAAGGAGAGGAAGGCAGACUAUGAGUCGACUGGCAAUGCCAGUUACCAUGGCAACAAGGGUGAACACACAUCCCGGAAGGACGCCAUGACGGGGCAAAUGUCUGGUGGGUCUUCCACGCUACUCAGAGGAGCAUACGUGUCACCUACUGAUGACCUGAAGUAUAAUCAGAUCUCUUCUCAAGGAAUGCCUUCAGAGCCAUACCCUCCUUUCCAAAACCCUCCCCCGCCCGAAAGUGUCAACUACGAGGACCAGGCCUUCUAUGAGAACCAGGUUCACGCGGGAGGGCGCCCCCCACAGGGUGAACUCAACAUGCACCUGCAGGGCCUCAAGUCCACCGGCAACUAUGUAGACUUCUACUCAGCCUCACGGCCCUACAGCGAGCUCAACUAUGAGACCAGCCACUAUCCAGCCUCACCAGACUCCUGGGUCUGAGGGGAGAAGAGGGUGGAGGAGAAGGAGGAGGAGAGGAUGGAUGAGGGAGAACAUGACGAUGAAGGGGUUAGUUUAAAAAGAGGAAGAAAGAAGAUGAGAGGACAGUUGCCAUGCCUCCCCAUCCUCCCCUGUAGCUCCUGAGUAGCAUCAUAGGUAGCAGGAUGACAGAGGGGGAGGAUGGAGUGCAGUAAAAGAGACAUGGGGAGCAAAUUCUAGACUUUACACUCCUUUCAGUGACAUCUGAGGGAGGACAGAUAGGGGGGCAAAGGAAGAACAGAAGCAAACAGAGGAGCGGCCAUGCAUGUGCAUGCAUACCACCAACAAAACCGACAGACACAUUUUCUUUCUGUGUUUAGUUUGUGAUCAACUACUGCUAGGUUCAACAGGCAGAAAGACCGCCUGCACCCGAAGGCCUCCGGAUACAGAACGUAAGAGGGACGGAUAUGAUGUAAGAGAACUUGAUGGGAAAGAUAGAAAAAGUGGGAAAUGUAUAGAAAUGAAGAAUGACAAUGAAAGAGAAAAAUGGAUUGGUGGACUUGAGGACGGAAGGUUUUGGAUUGCGAAUGGAACGUGUGAGAGAUACCCAGGCGAAACCUGUAAAUAUGUGGUAUAGCAACAUGGCUUUUAGUAAUGUGAAGCACAAGAAGCAGAUCUGUAGGACAUGUAGGACGUCUGUCACAAACUUUUGUUUCUCUCUCUACGGCUUCAGCGUGAUGUAUCCUCCUCUGGGCAAAGAAUGCUUCUGGACCUUGUCAUUUGUAACAGUUUUUUUUUCCUCUUUCUUUUGUUGUGUUUCUACUUUUUUAAUUCUCGAUUCUGGUUGUAUAGUAUUUGAUGUACACUGUACAUUUUCUCAGAUGCAUUGUGUACUGUACAUUGCACUAUUUUCUGUGUCACGUCAGACCUUUUGCCAUUAGGUCAACCUCACUUCCUCACUAACAACCCCACACACAAAUGCACACAGUAUCUGCACUCUAAACUAAAAUUCAUAUCACAGCUACAGACGGACACACUGGAUAUGAAUUGGGUAUUGAAGCAUCAAUUCUGGUAGGUCACGGUGCUCCCUUUACUGCCCUACAGAUAGCUGACAGAAUAGCUGACAGUACAGCUGCCAAAAUAGCUGAGGAGAGGUUUAAAAAGCUAAGCAGCCUUUUCCGGGACUUUUUUUUUUUUUUGAGGCAAGUGUUGUUUCUUUGGCGGCGAUCUUUCCACAUUAACACCUCAAAUCUCCUUUUUGUUCCCAUGACCCCUUGCUUUGAGUGAACUGUGCUCAUUGUGUAUAUAACCGUGCCAAACAAGGGUUACUUCCCCUCAGCUGAAGAAGGCUGUGGGGAAGGAUAGGGGCGUGUUAAAGGGUCCAAGUUCAGCUGAAGUUCUCAGCUGAACAUCCUUGCGGUUCUAACGAUGCCAGUUUGUAAAUGCUUUGGUUUUUCUAAACUGUGUUUUACGGGGAUGAAAACUGUCUUAACUGCACUGGGACUUGGGCGAAAAACAUAAAAACUGAACUAAAAACAAACAAAAAAAAGCAAACGGAAACCAUAGAGGGACUGUGACCAGGCGGAGCAUCGCUUCCUCCAAAGUUGUACAAAAUUAGUUGACUUCUGUGUUGUAAAAUAAUCAAUGUUUGAAUUACAAAAAAAACUUUUCUGAGAGAUGGGUGGCAAUUCUAACUUCAUGGUAGACAAAACUGUUAAUAGAGUACGGAUAUAUAUUAUAUAAAUAUAAAUAUAUACUUUUUAUGUGCAGAUGUGGAUGUCACUUAUAGCAGCAACAUUAUAGAAAAAGACUUGUAAAAAAAAACCCGCUACAUGUAGGAAUUUUGUUCACAUUUUAUUUUCUGGUCAACACACUAAAUUGUCGACUUUGUGUAGUAAUGUUGUUGCUAUGUGGAGUAGAGUAGACCAGGGCCCAGGGAUCCACGUCGUCACUAAAGCAGUCUAAAACGGUGCUAAAUCAGUGAGAAGUAUUUCCAACAUGUCUGUAUUUAUCUGUGCAAACAAUGUCCACUUUUGCAUUGAUUACAAACUGAUUAUCAGCCGUGAGUUCUGAUCAUUCCACAGGUGAUCACAUUUGAAACGACACAACAGAGAACAAUCACAAGUUUGAUUCCUCCUCUAAGUGUGUUUCCCUUGCAUGAAAUUCUGAUCAAUUGGUCUCAUGACGCAAAAAACUGCACCCAUGCAUGCAUGAGUAUUUGUUGUCGGUAAGCCUAAAUCUGAAACUAAAUGGUGAUUUUACUAUACUUUACUAUUUUGUUUACUUUUGUUUUAAAGUGAAAAAGGCUAAAUUGUAAAACGUGACAACAGACCCUGGUUCUCCCUACCCACUGCUGUUUAAAAGUCCUAAAGGUCAUCUUCCGAUGCUUGAAAAAUGGCUGAUAAUGCAAGUGUCCCCACAAAAACACUGGAUGAAAAACAGGCGUACUGUAUUUGUUAGUGAGCGUCUGGAAACUGACACUGUUAUGUAUGUCAUUGUGAUCCUUAGGCAGAGAAAACCUGACUAUUAAGACCUGUAUGGAGAAAUAACGUCGGUGACCUUUUUAUUGCUAGACCAAACGUGUUUUAAAAAGAGAAUUGUGAAUCUUUCUAUUGCCUCAAACAAAUUGCAACUGCUCCAAAAAAUAUAAACGGACCAUCGAAGAGCCUCUGA